ACACACGUUAAUAGAACUUGCUCUCGAAGAACUUCAAAAAUAUAUACGUAUAAUAUAUGUUUACAGAAGUCCACAGUCAAUCUUACAAAACUGAAAAAGAUAACCAAAUGAUGAAAAUGGUACAGAUAACAUUAGCUACAACACUUCCAUCAAUUUCUCUUUCACCCGGUAUAGAGCUAAGGACACAGUGAUACGAUUCGAAUUUUCCUAUAUUUGAAACCUUAUUCAAUACAUAGUAAUUUCAAGCAAAAAUAAGAACACAAGAGAACACGUUCGCGGUGCGUUGUACUAUCUUCUGCCAUUACCAAAUUCUCUGAGAACGACUAUGGCGGACGCAGUAGACCUUUCCGGCGCUUCUUCCAAUCCGAAGAUGUCGUCGAAAGUUUUAAGACAAAAGGCACAAGAGUUUUUAGCCUCGAGGAAACAUGCAAAUAAUUUAGUAGACAUAAUAGGUCAAUGGGAUGAAUCUCCUUCGUCCUGCUUGCUUACCAUAGAGACAAUAUUUGUCGAAGUUUUAAGAAGAGGCGAUAUGUAUCUUGAACGUACGAUAACACUCACGAUUUCAGAACCGAGUCCGGAAGCAAGAUACAUCAAUUGGUUGAGAAACUGUUAUGAAGAAAUAUGGGAGAAAAUACUCUUGUCAAUAGAGAAGUGUCGACCUGCUAUUCAACUGCAAGCUCUUACCACUGCCAUAAAACUUAUGGCAGAGGAGGGAAGACAUCCAUUGGAACCAACUGGUAACUUGGGAUAUUAUUUUCCACUUCAUCGGUUGAAACCUAUUCUAAUGAGCUUACUUGCACCUGAGAAAGACAAUGCCAACUUAAUAUCCAGAUUUCAAGAAAUUACAGAAUAUCCUGAUGCUCUUUAUUAUACUUGGAAGUGUCUUCCUUCUUUGACCCCUAAAAGGCAGCCUCAUGAAACUUACAUAAAAAAUUUGUUAGAACUUAUACACAAGUCGCCAUUGCCAAAGAAAACCGAAGAGUAUGAGAUGUCCGAGGAUAAAAAUUUACUAUGUAGGUCACAGCAAGAUACCAGAACUUUUGUAUGGGAUCAAGCAGGAUCUAGGCGUGCACUUAAUAAAGUUUGGGUCUGUGUAAUGCAUUGGGAAUUAACUCCACAGCUGCACAAACAGUUAUUGGUUGUUCUUUUGGAACGAGUGAUGCCACAUUUAGAGAAGCCUGUACUGUUAACAGACUUCCUUAUGGAUUCUUUAGAUGCAGACGGACCUAUUGCUUUACUUGCAUUACAAGGUGUAUUUUUACUAGUUACCAAACACAACUUGGAGUAUCCCAAUAUCUUCACCAAACUUUAUUCUAUGUUUGAACCGGAAAUCUUUCACACAAAGUACAAAGCUCGUUUAUUUUAUUUAUCUGAUCUUUUUCUUAGUUCGACGCACUUACCUGAAGCAUUAGUUGCGGCCUUUGCGAAACGGCUCGCUCGUUUAACGCUUGUCGCGCCACCCGAAGAUAUUCUUAUCAUAUUACAUUUUGUUGGGAAUCUUCUACUUAGACAUCCUGGUCUGAAACGCUUAAUCGAUCAUCCACAGGGUGGAGAAAUUACAACCGAGGAAAGCAAUGGCGCCGGGGAUCCAUUCUUGAUGGAAGAACGAGACCCAUUGUUAAGUAAUGCUCUUUUUAGUAGCCUCUGGGAAAUCAAAGCUCUACAGUGGCACGUUAUACCAAGUAUAGCUAGCGCUGCUCGUUUUAUUCGCGAACCACUUCCAUCGGUCGAAUACGAUAUGGGAUCGGCAUUAGAACGCACAGGAGGACACUUGUUUGACCGUGAAUUAAAAAACAAAGUUAAAGAUAUCAUGUUAACCUUCGAAAGACCGAAUUCGAUGACAUUACCGAAAGGUGAAAGAUUAUUACAAUAUUGGCAAUUAACGGCAAUGCACUGACUGGCAAUGUUAAUAUUAUGCAUCAAGAGCAUAAUGUCGUACAAUAUGCAUCGUUAUUGACAGGAAAAUUGUACUUUCGAUGAACAAGAAAACGCCAAGGAAAUGAAACGAAAGUUUCUGCGUUUUUCUUUUUUUUUAUACGUUAAGAAAAAGUGUAAUGCGAAGAUAUUGCAUACUUUUGUAUUAUUUAAAAAAUCUAAAUGAAUUGAUUCAGGAUACAUUCUUUCACGAGCAAUCUGUAGAUAUAUAUUGUUAGAGUUUCAAUCAUGCAGCUAUCUAGCACAGUAGCUACUUGUGAAUACUACCGGUUUUGUCAAACGGAGUCAUUUGUAUGCAUGAAUGUGUGAUAAUAAAAUGAAAGAUAUUUUAAUUUAAUAGAUCACGCGUGUGUUUCAUUCGGAAUGCAAUAUCUGCUUGGCAAAUAACAUACAGGUAAGCAUAAAUCGAUUCUGUAAUACAGUCGUAUCAUGACACAGUUUUAUAUUUUAAAACAGUAUUCAAAUAAAGCCCCUACUAUAAUACAAUGAAAUAAGCACCCUAUGUAUUAUUGCCGAUUAUUAUGUAUAAAAGAAAAACUGUAUGUACCUACAUAAUUCAUAGUACUUAAUCAGGAUAAUGUUAUGCAUACCGUUUGUUUUCCAAAAUCUGGAACAUAAAAGUAAUUAUCAUUUCUAAUUAUUUGAAUAUUUUUACGUAUGUAUAUUGAUAUGAGGUGAACAAAAUUUUGUAUAAAGAAGUUAUUUUGUUUAUAUAAUACAAUGUAUUGAGUAAAAAAAUUACAAACCCAUGUUAAUUGCCGCCAUUCAUCUUCAUUCAAUGCGUAUUUUAUUUUAACCAAAAUAUUUGCUGGAAUGUUGGGUACUGGUGUUAAUAAAUGCUCUUGUUUAGUAGGUACAUAUUCUAUUUGUAAAAGCUCAGCCACCGUUGGCCGCAUUUUUGGGUCAUGUUGAAGACAUCUACGCAUCACGUCAAUUAAAAUUGAUGGUGACGAUAUAACUUUAUUAUCACCCUCUCUCGAUGGCAAAGUUGCAGGAAAAGAGAUAUUUAGUUUUGGAUUAGUAAUCGCGUUUACUUUAGCCCAUUGUGAACGAAUAUGGUGAAAUGGUGUAUGCCCGUACACUAAACUAUACAAUAUGCAUCCUAACGACCAUACGUCUGACUUGAAAGUUAUCUGUAUAAUGUACAUGUAUCAAUUAUUCUUUAUACAUUGCAAUUGUUAAUAACAUUCCAAAAGUAAUCUUCUAUACCUUGUACUUGACGUUCUGUGUAGGAGAAUCUGAACUUCCUCCGAUAUCCAUUAACGCUUCUGGACUGAUAUAAUUUAAGGUACCUAUUGGACAGUUUUUUACAACGGACGUCAUAUCUGCAUUCAUACUUGAAGCAAUUCCGAAAUCUAUGAGCUUCAGUCUUCCUCGUACCAAUAAAAAAUUUGCAGGUUUCAAGUCAGAAUGAAUUACUCCUGAAAUGUGUAAAGAUAUUAAAACGUGAUACUUGUAAUAAGUAAUCAUUUUCAUUCACUAAGCAUUUACCAUUAUCAUGUAUAUGUUUAACAGCUGUUAACAUUUCUGUCCAAUAAUAAAGAACCAUUGUAAGGGAAAU